GAGCACGUUUCUUUCAGUGUACGGAUCUUAUCUUGUCUUUAGUACGAACUUUUUCCUUGGCCACAUAGCUCUACUCUAGUUAUCGCGUUCAAGAAAUGAGAAGUCCUAGUUCCUCACUGGUAUCUGCCAUCACCAAGAGGUUAGAAGGCAAAGUUGCAAUCGUAACAGGUGGUGCAAGAGGCAUCGGUGAGUGCACGGCCAAAUUGUUUGCUCGUUAUGGAGCCAAAGUUGUCAUUGCCGAUGUUCAAGAUGAUCUAGGCAAAUCUGUUUGUAAAGAUGUAACAGAUUCUACAGGUACCGUCUCUUAUGUUCACUGCGAUGUUUCAAAAGAACAGGACGUGAAGGAUCUCAUCGAUGGAACCAUGGAGAAGUAUGGAAAGCUUGAUAUAAUGUUCAAUAAUGCUGGCAUGGCAGGGGAUAUGGAUCAAUCAAUUUUGGACGGUAAAUAUGAAAAUUACAAGAGAGUUUAUGAUGUAAAUGCAAUUGGUUCGGUUUUGGGUGUUAAACUUGCUGCCAGGGUUAUGAUUCCAGCCAAGAAAGGAAGCAUAUUAUUCACUUCCAGCGUUGCUUCGGUAGUGGCUGGGUUGACCCCAACUGCCUAUGCUAUGUCAAAACAUGCAAUUGUGGGAUUAACAAAGAAUUUGUGUGUGGAAUUAGGACAAUAUAGAAUCAGGGUUAAUUGCAUUUCACCCCAUACAACUGUCACACCUAUGCUCACCAGCGGAUUUAAUCUGGAAGCAAGUAAGGCUCAUGACAUCAUUAAUAAGUCAGCCAUUUUGAAAGAACGUGUGCUUAUGCCCGAGGAUAUAGCAGAGGCAGCAGUUUACUUGGGCAGUGAUGAAUCCAAGUAUGUAAGUGGAUUGAAUCUUGUUGUUGAUGGAGGCUACAGCACAACCAAUCCUUCAUUUAUUACUGUAUUGGAAAACAGUAUCUGAUCUAUGCAGCACUUUAAAUGUAUUUAAUUGUCAAAAUUAUUGCACCUUAUAUAUAAUAGUUCUGAUAAAUAUCCAGAUUGAAUAUUGUUUUUCUUAA